UGUGCCAUUUAAUCCGGAGAUAAAACUCACAAAUAUAUACCGCAAGAAAAGGAAUGUUAAAACGCAGAUUGUUUGUCGAGAAUUAAAAUAAAAACCGUUGAAUUGAUGAGAAGCUGGUCUUACCGGAAAACAGAUUAAGAGUAACAGGAUAUAAAAAAGAUAAACAAAUAUUAGACCAAGUACAAUAAGAAAAGCAUUGCUGAAAACCAUUGUGUUCAAAACGAAAUCAGACGUACACAAACAAAAAAUUAAUUGGAGAAUUAUUGAUAUAAUAAAAAAUAGGGGUCAUCGUCAGAUAUAACAUAAAAAACCUACGUACGUUUUUAUAUCAGCCUUCACACAAUAAAAUAAGAUCCACAGUUACAUAUUUUAUCCUGUUUAAAAUAGUUUAUAGAACCUAAAAAAUGGUUGCGAAUCAAACGAAUAUUAAAAGUAAACCGGAUAGUGCAAUCUAUCAGACACUAUCCACCCCGACAGACGUACAAUCAAUCGUGGCAUCAUUAACGCCUACGCCUACACCCACAACGACCCCACUAAAUAAAUCCAUAAAACAUGAUUUCUUUCCCGAGGUAAAGUUCUGUGAUCUAUCGGCAAGCGACUUACAUGAUGGCAACAGUGAUUACGCGGUGAAUGAACGUCUACUGAAACAUUGCCUUAUCACCGUAGAUGACGAUAAUGGUGGUCUAACCACGACAACGACCACGACAACAAACUUUUUGGUGAUGGAGAAUAAUGAUGUGAAAAAACGUAAGCGUCUUAUAUCGAAUGAAUCGGGUGAUUCGAUUGAUUCUAGUUCAACAGAUAAAAAGAAGCCAGAGAUACCAGAUGGUGGUUACGGUUGGGUUGUGGUUUUAGCGUCACUCAUUGUCUCGCUAAUCGCAGAUGGUUUAUCUUUUUCAUUUGGACUUAUCAAUUCUGAAUUAUUGCAUUACUUUGGAGAGUCUCCCUCGAAAACGGCUUGGAUUAGUUCGUUAUUCUUUUCGGUACCACUCUUGAUGGGUCCGAUCUGGUCAAAUCUGGUUGAUAAUUAUGGGUGUCGUAAAAUGACCAUAUUUGGCGGUUUACUGUCAGCAAUCGGAUUUGGUCUUUCCUCUCUUUGUAACUCUGUGGAGAUGUUAAUGCUGACUUUUGGUAUCAUUUCCGGUUUAGGGCUGGGCAUUGGUUAUGUAACAGCAGUAGUAUCCAUAGCGUUUUGGUUCGAUAAGAAACGUACUUUCGCUACUGGUAUAGGUGCUUCUGGAACUGGAAUCGGCACCUUCUUGUACGCACCUUUGACUCAAUGGCUAAUCGAUAGCUAUGGGUGGCGCGGUGCCACACUCAUUCUUGCAGGCACGAUGCUAAAUACUUGCGUUUGUGGCGCAUUGAUGCGCGAUCCAGAUUGGUUGAUAGAAGAAAAUCGUCUCGAAAGCCGUUCACAAAGUAUGACCACAUUUUCGAAUUCAAGCGUUUGUCUCGAAGAAAUCAAAAAGCUCUUAGAUACUGGGAUAACCAAGGAGGCAGUACUUGACACGUUGGUAACAAAGAAUAAUACAGAGGCUAAUCAACAAAUUAAUGACCCACACGAAUUUGUUAUGAAACGCUAUCGAAGCGAAAUCUUCUUACCGACCUUUUUGGGUUCUCAAGAUUUGGAAUGUGUUUACGAAAUUAAGAGUCUCAGUAGGCGUUCACUACGUAAUAAAGAUGGAAUGGAAGCGCCUUCACGGGAAAACUUAUUAUCAAUGUCUUCUGCUGGCCCUAAUCCAACUGCAGCCAUUAUUGGCUCACCCGAUGACACUAUGAUGGGUGGUAUUGCUGAAACCGUCGCUGAAGAUGCGAGAAAAAGUUUCUUAGCAUCGAUGGAAACACUCUCGCCAUCUGAGAAGAAUUCUCUUGGUCAUGCUACACCAUCGGAUGCAUCGUUAUCUUCGCAACAAGCUGUAGGUGGGAUAAAUUCUAAAGCAAACCCACGCGAGUUCCAACGCAACUCUCCUAACGAUGGCAAUAUGGCCAACUCACGUUAUUCUUUAAAUGAAAACUUUUUCAGUGCAAAGAAUGCAACUACAUCUUUUGUAGACCUUAAGCCUAAUGGCUUGCGGCACAAUUCUGUUGAUAUACUGAGCGAUGAGACUUACUUUAUGUCAAUUAAAAAGAGUAAUGCACAACUAGUUAAUGGUAAUUUAAGAAAACUACACAAAGACCCGGUAAUAAUUGGAAUACCAGAAAAUGAUGCUAGCGUUAAGCCAACGAAAAGAGCACGUACCGAUAGCAUUAGCGGCAUGCGUCGUCUUUCCAAGUCAAAGAAACCGUCAGUUCGACCAAGCUUGCGGUAUAAUACCUCCAUACGGAAUUCCAACUUCCUCAAGAACAUGCGUAUACACCGUAACUCUAUACAUUAUCGUGGCGCUAUACUAAACACACAUCGCUACCGAUUGCGAGCAUCUUCGUGUCCGAAUAUAUACCGGAACUCAAUGACAACAAUAGCGAAAGAAGAAGAAGACACUUGGUACGAGAGUAUGGUCGACACAAUGAAGACAGUAUUUGAUUUUUCGUUGUUUGCAGACAUGAAAUUUACACUUUUCAAUUUAUCUACAUUGUUUCUAUUCAUUUGGUUCAUAAUUCCUUACCUCUAUCUGCCGGAGCAUAUGAAGCUUCAUGGCUAUGAAACGACGGACAGUGCACAAAUGAUUUCAGCUAUAGGCAUCGCGCAAACCAUCGGCAUGAUCGCUUUGGGCUAUGUGGGCGAUCGCUCCUGGAUGAAUGUGAAUAUUUGCUAUUCGGCAUGUAUGGUGGUUUGCGGCUUAUCGGUGUUUUUGAUGCCUAUUCUUGUGAGUAGUUACAUUGGACUGCUGUUAAUGUGCAUCAUCUUCGGAAUCACUUUCGCCAGCUCCUUUUCAUUUACACCCAGCAUUUUGGUCAGUAUUGUCGAUUUGGAUGAUUUUACGUGUGCCUAUGGAUUGGUGCUCCUGGUACAAGGUGUUGGCAUGAUUGCAGGGCCCCCAAUCGCAGGUGCUAUUUAUGAAAUGACGCUAAGAUGGGAUAACGCAUUCUACGUUGCCGGUGUAUUUGUUGCCUUAUCUGGCGUGGCCUCCUAUUUGAUAGAAUUCUGUGAGAAGCGAGAAAAAGGCAGCGACAGCGAUGUCUCCGAGACUAAGAAAGCUAAUCUAAUACAUUAAAUUUCUAAUUCCUGCUUCAUAACAACAACAUAGCAACAAUGUCUUCUGUGUUACAUGUACGAAAUAUAAUAUGUGUGUACAUAUGUUUGUACAAUAGUACACCGUACAUUAUAAUAUAAUUAUGUAUUGAAUGUUUGAAUAUAAUAUUAAAAUUCAUCUGAACUAAGCUUACAAAAGUUUCUCAUGUACUUGACGAUUAAAAAUUUCAAUUUGCAAAUGAACACAUGUAUACAUUCAUAGAUAAUGCACUUACAUAUAUUAUCAUUAAAAGUAAAAACAUCUGAAAUACUUCGUAUCUUUGUGAUAACAGAAAAUACACACACACUGCAACUUAAAGUUUUUAAACCCACAUACCCACAUACAUACAUAAAUAAAU